UAAGACGAACGAUGUAAGAAACUCUCACUCCCUCUCUCUCUCUCUCCUAGUUUGUUGAAGGAAGUUGAAACUUGAAACCCAAAUUAAGAUAAACAACAUGAGAAACUCAAGGCAAACCAUCCUUCCCCACGCCCUUCACUCCCACCAUCGAUUCCUCCUCACCCUCCAAAUAAAAAAUCACCUCCACUCUCUCGCUCUCUCUCCUCCAAACAACCACCAACAAACCAAAAUGACCCUUCCAAAACCCCCCUCCCUCUCUCUCCUCUUCCUCCUCCUUCUCGGCGCGGCCCACGCCGAGGACCCCUACCACUUCCACACGUGGAAUGUCAAAUACGCGACCCUCUCGCCCCUCGGCUCCCCCGAGCAGGUCAUCACCAUCAACGACGAGUUCCCCGGCCCCCGCAUCAAUGGCACCUCCAACAACAACAUCGUCGUCAACAUCUUCAACCACCUCGACGAGCCCGUCCUCUUCACGUGGAACGGCAUCCAGCAGCGCAAGAACUCGUGGCAGGAGGGCCUCCCCGGCACCAACUGCCCCAUCCCGCCCGGCACCAACAUGACCUACAAGUUCCAGGUUAAGGACCAGAUCGGCAGCUACUACUACUACCCCUCCACCUCCCUCCACCGCGCCACGGGCGGCUACGGCCCGAUCACCGUCCACAGCCGCGAGCUCAUCCCCGUCCCGUAUGCCUUCCCCGAGGCCGAGCACAUUGCCCUCGUCGGCGACUGGUACACCAAGCCCCUCCCCGACCUCCUCAAGCUCCUCGACUCCGGCCGCAGCCUCGGACGACCCGACGGCGUCGUCAUCAACGGAAAAAGCGGGAAAAUUGAAAAAAAACCUAACCAUAAGGAAGAGCCGAUGUUCACCAUGCUACCUGGCAAAACCUAUAGAUACAGAUUCUGCAACGUCGGGAUGAAGAACUCGAUCAAUAUCCGAUUCCAGAAGCAUUCGAUCAAGCUCGUGGAGAUCGAAGGAUCGCACACGGUCCAGAACAUCUACGACUCGCUCGACGUUCAUCUCGGGCAAUGCUACUCCGUCCUGGUGACCGCCGACCAGGAGCCCGGGGACUACUACCUGAUCGCGUCGACACGGUUCACGAAGGAGGUCCUGUCGGCGACGGCGCUCGUGCGGUACGUCGGCGGGAAAGCCCCGCCGCCGGCGGAGAUGCCGGCGCCGCCGGUGGGGUGGGCGUGGUCGCUGAAUCAGUUCCGGUCGCAGCGGUGGAAUUUGACGGCCAGCGCGGCGCGGCCGAAUCCGCAGGGGUCGUACCACUACGGGAAGAUUAAUAUCACGAGGACGAUCAAGGUCGUGAACAGCGCGGGAGCGGUGGACGGGAGGCUGAGGUACGCGAUCAACGGGGUGUCGCACGUGAAUCCGGAGACGCCGCUGAAGCUGGCGGAGUAUUUUAGGGUUGCGGAUAAGGUUUUCAAGUACAAUCUGAUGAAGGAUUAUCCCGGCCAGGCCGGGGAGAAGAUUACGGUGGCGCCGGACGUGGUGAAUGCGACGUAUAGGGAUUUUAUUGAGAUUGUUUUUGAGAAUCCGGAGAAGAGUGUGCAGAGUUGGCAUUUGGCUGGUUAUUCGUUCUUCGCCGUCGCGAUAGAGCCAGGGAAAUGGACACCGGCGAGGCGAAGCAACUACAAUCUCUUAGACGCUGUGAGCCGGAACACCAUCCAAGUAUACCCGGGAUGCUGGGCGGCGAUCAUGCUGACGAUGGAUAAUGCAGGAAUGUGGAAUUUGAGGGCGGGCUCUACCGAGAGGGCCUAUUUAGGGCAGCAGCUCUAUUUUAGCGUGCUCUCGCGGGAGCUCUCUCUCCGCGAUGAGUACAAUAUCCCUGACGAUCAAUUGCUAUGCGGGAUCGUCAAGGACAUGCCAAGACCUAAAUUGUACACCAUUUGAUUUUUUUUAAUUGCAA